CAGCCACCGCCCUCUCCAGCCAUGCAGGCGCCGGCGGCGGCGGAGCGCAACAAGGGCCCGAUCCUGGCGGUGCUGCGGGAGUACGCGGGGCCCGGCGCCCACGCGGGACCAGACGUCCUGCGGGUGCUGGAGGUGGGGGCGGGCGCGGGGCUACACGCCGCAUACUUCGCCCAGGCACUGCCGCAGACGCUCUGGCAGCCCUCCGACAUCGACCCCGGGGCGCUGCGCAGCAUCGCUGCCUACGCGGAGGCCAUGCGGGUGCCCAACGUGCUGCCCCCCAUCCUGCUGGAUGUCUCGCAGGGCUGGGAGACGUGGGGGGGCACCCAGCCCGCCACCCUCGACCUCCUCGUCAGCAUCAACAUGAUGCACAUCGCGGAGCUGCGGUGCACCGAGGGCCUGUUCAAGGGUGCUGGGGUGCUGCUGAAGCCCGGAGGCGUGCUCUUCACCUACGGGCCCUACGCCGUGGAUGGCCGGAUCAGCCCCCAGAGCAACGUGGACUUCGACCGCAGCCUGAGGCAGAGCAAUCCCGCCUGGGGCCUUCGGGACACGGCGCUGCUGCGGCAGCUGGCCGAGGCCAACGGGCUGCGCCUGGAGAGGACGGUGGACAUGCCGGCCAACAACAAGAGUCUCAUCUUCCGCAAGCAGUAACCUGCCCCGACGGCACCUCCCGGCACGGCCGCCCCCCCCUCAUUGAUGUCUCCUCGAGGGGUCGCACCGUCCCCGCGCCGGUGCCAGCCAGGGUUGGGGACAGCAGCGAUGGGACGGUGCCCCACUCGCCGCAGCUGGGGCUGGGCUUGGCUGGGGGGUGCCUGUCUCCCCCAGCCCCUUUGGGGCUCCCUUUGUAAUGGGGUGCCCCAGCCCGGCCCAGAGAUGCCACUGCAGCUGCCACAGGCAUGCCACAUAGGCAUGGGGGAGGGCACAGCACCCCUGGGCAUGGGGGGACACUUCUUGCUCUAUGCCAGUUUCCCCGGAGGAUGCUGUGCCAAUGAGGGGGGGACCCGUCCCCCUUCGACCCCCCCACCCUGGGACUGUGCUGCUGCUCCCCCAAAUAAACUCUGGGGCUUUGUUCCCCCCAACCCCAGCAGCUCCUUGAUGCUUUCAGCACUGACAGUGGGGGGGGGGCAUCCCCAAUCCCCCCUCCCAGCACCAAUGGAGGGGUCAGAUACUGUACCGGGAGCACCCAGGGGUGCUGCACUGGGCCCGGGGCUUCAGUGCGGUGGGAAGGUUUUUAUGGGUGGGGAGUCCUGGCUGACCUCCC